AUGGAUUUGGAGGAUAGCUGCAAGGAGAAGCUUUCAACUUUUCGGAUAAAAGAGCUCAAGGAUGUGCUCACUCAGCUCGGACUUUCGAAACAGGGAAAGAAGCAGGAACUUGUUGACCGGAUCUUGAUUCUUCUUUCUGAUGGACAAGCUGCUAGGUUGUGGUCUAAAAAGAACACGGUGGCAAAGGAAGAAGUUGCUAAACUAGUGGACGAUACAUAUAGGAAAAUGCAAGUAUCUGGUGCAAGUGAUUUAGCAUCAAAAGGACAAGUGAGUUCAGAUACCAGUAAUCUGAAAGUCAAAGGGGAGCCUGAAGAUCUCUUUCAUCCAGAAAUGAAAGUCCGGUGUGUCUGUGGAAGUUCACUAGAGACGGACUCAAUGAUACAGUGUGAGGAUCCGAGAUGCCAUGUUUGGGAACAUGUUGGCUGUGUUAUCAUCCCGGAGAAGCCUAUGGAUGGAAAUCCACCACUUCCUGAAUCAUUUUAUUGUGAAAUCUGCCGUCUUACUCGAGCUGACCCGUUUUGGGUUACAGUGGCACAUCCACUUUCUCCAGUGAGGUUGAAUGCAACGAGCAUCCCAAUUGAUGGUACAAGCACAAUGCAAAGUGUUGAGAGAACAUUUCAAAUUACAAGGGCAGAUAAGGACUUGUUGGCCAAACAAGAGUACGAUAUUCAGGCAUGGUGUAUGCUCUUGAAUGACAAAGUUGUCUUUAGGAUGCAGUGGCCUCAGUAUGCUGAUCUGCAGAUCAAUGGUCUGCCUGUACGUGCAACUAACCGUCCUGGGUCACAGCUUUUGGGGGCCAACGGCCGCGACGAUGGGCCUAUUAUCACACCUUGUGUUAGGGAUGGAAUUAACAGAAUAUCCGUGAGUGGAGGUGACAAUCGGAGUUUUUGUUUUGGAGUUAGACUUGUGAAGCGCAGGACUCUACAGCAGGUAUUAAAUUUGAUUCCGGAGGAGUCUAAAGGCGAGAUGUUUGAGGAUGCUCUUGCACGCGUACGCCGAUGCAUUGGAGGUGGAGGUGGAGAUGAUAAUGCCGACAGUGACAGUGACAUUGAAGUUGUUGCUGAUUUCUUCGGUGUCGGUCUCCGGUGUCCUAUGAGCGGUUCUAGAAUAAAAGUUGCUGGGAGAUUUUUACCGUGUGUGCACAUGGGCUGUUUUGACCUGGAGGUGUUUGUGGAGUUGAAUCAACGUUCCAGAAAGUGGCAGUGCCCUAUCUGUCUGAAGAACUACUCAGUGGAGCAUGUAAUCGUGGAUCCUUAUUUUAACCGUAUCACGUCUAAGAUGAAGCAUUGUGAUGAAGAGGUGACUGAGAUUGAAGUGAAACCUGAUGGUUCUUGGCGUGUAAAGUUCAAAAAAGAGAGUGAGCGUAGGGAAUUGGGGGAACUCUCAAAGUGGCACGCACCUGAUGGUAGUCUUUGCCCGUCUGCUGAAGAGAUUAAACGGAAGAUGGAAAUGUUAAUUCCGGUCAAACAAGAAGGUUUCUCUGAUGGCCCAACCCCUCUGAAACUUGGCAUAAGGAAGAAUCGCAAUGGCAUUUGGGAAGUUAGCAAACCUAAUACGAAUGGAUUAUCUUCCAGUAAUAGAGAGAAAAAUGGGCAUCAUGAGAAGAAUGUUAUACCAAUGAAUAGCAGUGCUACUGGGAGUGGUAGGGAUGGUGAUGAUGUAAGCGUAAACCAGGACGCUAUCGGAGCCUUUGACUUUGGAACCAACGGCAUUGAACUCGAUUCCAUUUCCAUGAAUGUUGAUUCAGGUUAUGACUUUGCUGAUGGAAACCAAACUGGAGAUGGUAUGGAUAAUGAAGUCAUCGUUCUUAGUGAUUCUGAUGACGAAGAUGAUGUAGUAAUCACUCCAGGACCUGCAUACAGUGGUUGUCGAACCGAUGGUGGGGUAAAUUUUCCGCUGAACUCUCCUGGAAUAAUCAACUCAUAUAAUGAGGACCCACACACCACAGCUGGGGGAACUUCACGCCUAGGUCUUUUCAAUGAGGAUGAUGAAUUUGAUACGCCUCUUUGGUCGUUUCCUUCUGAAACUCCAGAAGCCCCUGGGUUCCAACUAUUUGCAUCUGAUGCAGACGUUUCAGAAGUUUUAGUUGGUUUGCAUCAUCAUGGUUCACUAAACUGUGCUCCUGAAAUGAAUGGAGGUUACACCACGGCUCCUGAGACAUCAAUGGCAUCUGUUCCUGUGGUUCCUUGCUCGGCUGGAACAUCUGAAGCAGUUGCAAACGAUGGCCUAGUUGACAAUCCUCUUGCAUUUGGUAGAGACGAUCCCUCACUUCAAAUAUUUUUGGCAACAAAACCAGAUGCUUCAGCUCAGUUGGGUUAUAAAAACCAAGCUGAUAUGUCAAAUGGUAUCCGCAGUGAUGACUGGAUCUCGCUUAGGCUAGGCGAUAGCGCCUGUGGGAAUAAUGGUGAGCCUGCAACUGCAAACGGGCUUAACUCGAGCCAGCAGAUGUCUUCAAGGGAAGGCUCUUUGGACAAUACGACAGACACUGCUUCGUUGCUUAUGGGUAUGAAUGACAGUAGACGAGACAAGGCAAAGAAGCAAAGAUCAGAUAAUCCCUUUUCAUUCCCUCGCCAGAAGCGUUCUGGCAAGAAACGAACCGGCAUGUAUUUUGCAAAGCAAAGCAGAGGCUGA